AUGUCGUCGCUAAAUCUGUGGAUAUCUGCGUGGAAAAUCCAUUCGUCUAUGGCUCUGUGGGCUACGAACAUUCAAAUUUACACUUUUUUGCAUUUCUUGGGAUCCCUGGACUUCUUCGGAAGAAAGAUUCCCGAAACCCCUAAAGGCUGUAUAGUGAAGAACUCAACCCAGGGAGGCGGGUUAGAGGUAUCCUGCAUCCCCGGAAAAGAUGGUGGAUUGCAUCAGAGCUUUGUCCUUGAAGUUUCAGAUAUGUCUGCUCCUGCUCUACCGCCGGGCGUGACUACAAUGAGCGAUCAAGCUCAUGUCAUUUGCCACUUUCCAGGAGAGCUUCCACCGCCAAUGUACCGAGUUCUAGGAGAGCGUCCUGUCUUCCGGUUGCCGAACCUGGAGCCCUACAGAGAGUAUCGCUUUGCAGUGUAUGCUGAAAAUGCCAAAGGAAGAAGUGAACCUCCAGCUCUACUGCCUAGUGUCAGAAUAGAAGCUGGGGAUCAACCACUACAGCCAGAAUACGGGCAAGAAAAUGCUCGAAGAGAUUCAAACAACGAGCAACCCUUCGCAGAUGGUCCCUCCGCCCAAGGGAGCAGCAACCUGACAGUCAUAAUAAUCUCAGCAGCCGCUGUGACUGUGACACUGAUUGUCAGCAUCGUUGCUGCGGCCUCAGCGCUGGCCUGCAGGAGAUCAACCGUAGCUGAGGAUGCCGUUCACCGGAGAGGCAGAAGGAGCAGCAAGCCUCCGGACGACUUUGACCUGUCAGAGGAUGGCUUCGGGCAAGGCUUUCACAGGCGCAGCGCUCAGUAUAGGGCGAGCAUGUACGGAGAGUGUGAAGAUAGGAUCACGAGGAUGAUUGAGGGUUAG